UGCGGCAAAUGGCUUCAGAGACCAACGCGAGAGGGAAAAAAAGAGACUAAGAGAGGGCGCAGCGGAUGAGAAACAGGGUUCUGAACGCGCGAUGGGCUUCUGCUCUCUGGAUGGGCGUAAAAUAAACGAAAUGAAAUAAAGCCGCUGAAGGGUUGAUGCAGCUGCUCGUCGCCGUUUGGGGUGGCCUCGAAAAGGGCUCGUCGCUGGGGGGGGAAUUCUAGUUAUGGGGAUGGCCUCGCGGGGGGGCAGUUCGUGUGCCUUCGUCUGCUCUCAGCGUCCUUUGUUGCUGUGGGCGCAGCCAAACAAUCAGCCCGAAGUCGUCGCGUCUGGAAAGUCCCGUCAAACGGGCAGCCGUUGCGUUGCCGUGGGAUCGAUGCUGGAUCGAUGGACGAUGAUGGCUAUCGUCGGUCGUCGUUGGGCAAAAAGAGGUCGUCUUCUUGCGGAGAUCGUCAAAAGAGAGGCUUUGACGGGGUUCGCUUUUGUGUGGUGGGAGAGAGAAAGAGAAGAGGCAAGCCUUUUUUUUUCCUGGCCAGGCGAAAAAGAAGGGAAGAGUGGGUUCAGGUUUUGUGCUGGUGCUGGCCUGGGGCGGCGCUUGCAGUGCAGGCAGGGUGGCCUCCGCCAGCGACGGGGCGCCAUGGCCUGUAAUACAGCGCAUCCAUCGCCUCGAACAAGCUACAGCUGGCAGUGGGCGUCAAUUGAUAAGGCCAUGAAUGAUUCCGUCAACCUUGGGUCAGGUAGUUUCUGUGCGACCUGCCCAUCAAUCACUAUCUGCUGCUAUCUGUCCAUCUUUGCACGACACUGAUGCACGCGAAAUAUCAAUCCCAAACGCAAUCCCACGUGCCACAAGUUAUGUACAAACACCGCACGUCAAUCCCCAGACAAAAACCCAACAUACCCGAAUCAUAUCCCAUCCGUGCAAUCUUCACUCAGGAGAUGAAUGGAAUGCACCCGCCAGGGACCCCCCCAAGAAAAACGCCCGUGUCCAGGCUCUGAAGCGGCCUGCUAGCGGCCCCCUCCUCGCCGAACUUAGUUUUCCCUCCAGGGCCGGGCCAGGUUCCAUCCAGGUCCAGCCAGGUCAGGUAAGCUGUCGUGAGA